GAGUCUCAUUAUGACCUCCCUGGGAGAUAACCUGGAUCCAAGUGGAGGGAAGGUGAUAAGGAUAGUAUCUCUUGAUGAGGAAGGUCAUUACUUAUCACUCAGUGAUGGCUCUCAGAUGCAGAUAUUGAAUCAAGAUUUGGGAAUUUCCAGUGACAACUUAACAUCUUCAGAUAGUGUUUUGGCAAUGCAAGGGGUAAAAUAUCUUAAGUGCCUUAAGAUAACAUGCCCACAAACAUUUUAACAUUAAAUAUGUAAUUACAUUUCACAAUAAAUUUAAAAUUAGUUCAGAAAUUUUUUAUCUGAACAUUAAAAUGACUAGCUUUUACCAAUUUAUGUUUGUUUUUUCUUGAAAAUUUUAGAGAUUGUGAAAACUCUGAGACGUAAGAUAUGUUUGACAAUCUCAGAUGCAUAUAUUCCACAAUUAUUGAGGUUUUAAAUGUUUUGUUUUGCUAAAGUCUGAUGCAGUAUCAGUAAGUUCAGGAGCUACCCUUCCUACAUCAAUUCUAUCAUUCCAUGGUGGAACUGGCAUGAUGAUGACUGGAGGGGGUAACACCAUCACCACCAUUGCAAACAAUGGGGGCAGCAACAACAUUUCUGAAAAUGCACACCUGGUAACACUGCAGAGUACUGCUGACAACCCUCAGCCCCACCUAGUAGCAUUACCACAAGGGGCAACUAUCAGCACAGAAGCACUACAGGUAAGUGUUGUCUACCCUGACUUUGCCAUGAAAAUAAAGUAGGUCAUUAGGUUAACACUGUUGAACAAUGUAAUUUAUACUGUAAACUUCAUUUAAAACCGUUUCAAAAUUAAUUUUUGCUAAAUUUGAUAGUGAGAUAUAAAUUUUUCUAAGGAAUGAAGGUGGCGCAGAAGCAGAUGUGUGUGAACCAUUGUUUAAAUUUUUUAAAAGCUAUUAUAAUGUAUUUUCAUUGUUUUAAAAAAUGUGGUUGGAAUGUUAGGGUGUCAGAAAUAUAUAACAUUGCACUGGAUGGGUGUCUUAAUUUUUUGUGGUAACAUGAUUAGAGGUGUGAGUAGCUGCCAAAAUGGUGUGGCUACUUUCGUGUUCAACCUAAUAGCUCUAAUUUUAAGUUUUUGAAUUUCUAUUAAUUUCCAUUGAUACCCACAUUUUUACUACGGUACAUCCUUGAAAUACUUUACCAUACAGAAGUCAGGCCUUCUUGGACCUGAUGGCAGUAUUAAUUCAGAGCUUGGGUUCCAGACCAUCACCAUCAUGCCGUCAGAUUUAAACCAAAGCGGUGACAUGAACUAUGUCUUUAUCAUGGCUCCAACGGAUGGCUCCAAGGAUGGGACUCAGCAGUUGGCUCAAGUCUUAGAUCUGAAGGUGGGAAUGUUGGGUAUUUGUUUGAAAGAAUUUUGUUUGCAACUAAAUAAUAGGGAACAAAAUCUAAAAAGAUACAUUUUAUUAAAAAGUUUCCAUUUUCCCAUUUGUUGUUAUAAUAAAUUAUCAAGGGUAAUGGUGUUUCUGUGUUGAUUAUGACGAUAGCUAUUGCUUUAUUUUAUGCAUGUCAAUUUAAAAUUUGCUUAUUUUAAGAAUUGAAAUAAAGUGAUUUAAACCAUUCAGUAUUCAGACAUCUUCAACUUUUAUUAUUAUUUUAGAAUCAUACAUAGAAUCAUUCUUUUUAGCCUACUAAAAUAUUUCUGUCAAAAAAUAUAAAUAAAUCACAAUUACAUUAUCUUAAAAUUCAGCAUUAGCGUGAAAUUGAUUUAGGGUUUAACCCUUUCUUUUUUUUUUUUCAGCAAGAAAACCAAGAAUACUCAGAAGAAUUAAUGGAGAUCAAUGGAGAGGUGAAACGAGUUUUAAGAGUAGUCCCGAAGAAGUGUUUACCUGCAAACUUUGGGACUCAGCUCAUGUGCGACUAUUGUGACUACACCAGUCCCAAGCGCUACCUACUCACAAGGCAUAUGAAAUCUCACUCUGAUGAGCGGCCUCACAAAUGUAAAGAGUGUGAUAGAGGUUUCAAGACACCUGCAUCAUUGAUGAAUCAUGUAAACACACAUACAGGAAUUAGGCCUCACAAAUGCAAAGUAAGUAGGUACAUGCAUGAAUUAAGGUUCACAAAUCCAAAGUAAGUGGAUAGCAGUAAAUUACAAUUUUUAACUAUUGUAAUGUCUGAAGAAUAAGCCAAAUUACAACUGGCUGGUACAUAUUUUAGGUAUUUUGACUGUUUAUUAAUAUUUUAAACACUACAUUGUACUAUUUCAUUUAAAAUUAUUUUUUAUAAAUAUAUAUUCUUUUAAACGUAAUUUGGUGUCUUGUUAACAUUUAAAAUAUUCUAGCACCAAAUUUUGGGUAGUAGAUGUUGAAAAGAAAUUAUUUAUAAAAAAAAAUCUCUUUGAAAAUCUUAGACUUGUGAGGCAGCAUUUACUACCUCCGGAGAACUGGUGCGCCAUAUUCGAUAUCGUCACACAUUUGAGAAACCACAUCGCUGUCCCAACUGUGAUUAUGCCAGUGUGGAACUCUCUAAACUAAAAAGACACAUGAGAUCACAUACAGGGGAACGGCCAUACAAGGUGAGUUAAGAUUUCUUUAUAAAAAUUAAUGAAAUUUUAAUGAAUUUGUCUGUCUCCUCUAAUCCAUAAAGUGGAAAUUCUUCAGCAUUUCGAAAAAAAUAAACCACUUCCUCUUCUUAUUAAUAUAGUAAUAUUUCAUUCAAAAUAAUUGUUUUGUUUUUUCCUCCAUUCAAAGUGAUAUUGAAAUAAAUUACAAAUGUUACUAAUGUUUUCAGUGCCCUCAUUGCCCUUAUGCCAGCCCUGACACUUACAAACUGAAACGUCACCUUCGAAUCCACACGGGUGAGAAACCCUACGAGUGUGACAUCUGUCACACCCGCUUCACACAAAGCAACAGUCUUAAAGCUCAUAAACUGAUUCAUUCAGGCAACAAACCAGUCUUUCAAUGCAAUCUUUGCCCCACCACUUGUGGCCGCAAGACAGAUCUGAAAAUACACUUCAACAAACUCCACUCGGUCGGAUCACCACUUGAGUGUAAGAAAUGUGGUGAAGUUUUCUCAGAUAGGUGAGUAUUGAAAUUAGUUACAAAUGGAAUUUGGCUUUAUAGGGUAUUAAUUUCAAUGCCUAGUGCAAUCCAUCAUCUUAUGUGAACACUGCUUGUUUAUGUUUUGUUGACCAAUUGGCAUGCCCAGUCUUUUUUGUCUGACUGAUAGAAAUCCAAGUUACCAACCUCUUAUUUUUCAUUUAUAACUUAAUUUAUCACUACACUUUGAACUCUUUAUAUUACCCCCCAAAAAUAUUCCCAGCCUAAUUCAUAAUGGCUGUCAUGAUGAAGUAAAAGCAGUGCAGUAGCAGUUUGUAAAUUUCCACAUACUUGCUUCAGUAUAUUGUCAGCAUAUAUAUGUUAACGGAUUGUGUACCAAUAAAAUUUAUAAGAAUUUAUAAGACUAUUUUUUUGUGGCAUUUAAAAAUCUGAUUCAUAUGUUAAAUUUCAGGUACUCAUACAAGCAACAUGUCCGUGGUCAUGACAUUGACAAGUGCUAUAAAUGUGAAGACUGUGACUUCAUCGCUAACACAGAGCGUAGCUUUGACGCCCAUGCUGCCAUUCACUCAAAUGGCAAGAAGUUUGAAUGCGACACAUGCCACACGUCCUUCAACUUGGAGCAAACUUUGCUCAAACACCAAAAGUUUUGUCAGAUGGGAGAAGACUCUGAGUGUGAAUCCUCAAGAGAUAAAGAGGUAAUUUGAUGGCAUAUCACAUAAUAAAUGGUCAUGUGAGAUCAGUAAUUUGUAAAUGUGAAAAUAAUUCAUGACAAGGUCAAGUAUUUGCACCAGAGACCAGCGCAUGAGCUAUUCAAAUAAAUUAGGUAUUUUAAUUUUUAAAAAGUGUAAUAGAAUACAUUUUAUGCACCUACACACUACAUUUUAUGCACCUACACACUACAUUUUAUGCACCUACACACUACAUUUUAUGCACCUACACACUACAUUUUAUGCACCUACACACUACAUUUUAUGCACCUACCUAAUAAACUGCACCAAACAAAGGAAAUAAAAUAAUUAUGUUUACUUAAUUAAAAUUGAUCCAUGAUUUUAACUUAGUAGACUGAGAUGGACCUCACACAUGUUUCAUAAUUUUUACUUGGUUAUAAUGAUAAAUCUGUGUGUGACAGUGACAUCUCAAGGCACUGAACUAGUCUAGAAAACUCAGUCACAUCCCAAGGCACUAAAAUAGUCUAGAAAACACAGUCACAUCUCAAGGCACUAAAAUAGUCUAGAAAACACAGUCACAUCUCAAGGCACUAAAAUAGUCUAGAAAACUCAGUCACAUCUCAAGGCACUAAAAUAGUCUAGAAAACUCAGUCACAUCUCAAGGCACUGAACUAGUCUAGAAAACUCAGUCACAUCCCAAGGCACUAAAAUAGUCUAGAAAACUCAGUCACAUCCCAAGGCACUAAAAUAGUCUAGAAAACACAGUCACAUCUCAAGGCACUAAAAUAGUCUAGAAAACUCAGUCACAUCCCAAGGCACUAAAAUAGUCUAGAAAACACAGUCACAUCUCAAGGCACUAAAAUAGUCUAGAAAACACAGUCACAUCUCAAGGCACUAAAAUAGUCUAGAAAACUCAGUCACAUCUCAAGGCACUAAAAUAGUCUAGAAAACUCAGUCACAUCUCAAGGCACUGAACUAGUCUAGAAAACUCAGUCACAUCCCAAGGCACUAAAAUAGUCUAGAAAACUCAGUCACAUCCCAAGGCACUAAAAUAGUCUAGAAAACACAGUCACAUCUCAAGGCACUAAAAUAGUCUAGAAAACUCAGUCACAUGUAAAGGCACUAAAAUAGUCUAGCAAACUCAGUCACAUGUCAAGGCACUAAAAUAGUCUAGAAAACUUAGUCACAUCUCAAAGCACUAAAAUUGUCCAGAAAACUAAGUAAAACUCAUAUUUACUAUGCAGAGUGAUGACCAGAGUGUUGAUAAGACUCCAGUAUACAAGAGCACACUAGGGAGACCAUCCCAGCAGAGCAAAGCGGAUGCCCUGCUGAAAGCUGAAAGUAGUCACAGCUCUCUGUCUGGACACUUGGUGGCCGGUGGUCCUCUGACCUCAGACACACUCCACAGGAACCUGCUGCAGGACAUCAAGGCAGGGAAAUUGGGGGAUGUUCCACAGGUGGUCAUUGUCCAUCCAGAUGGGUCAUUUGAAGAGAUCUCAUCAAAGAUUCCAAUGGUAUGUGAAUUUUGGUAUUGCUUUUGUUAUCAUGGGUUUUAAAAAUAUCCAAUUGAGGAAGAAUUCAAUUUAAACAACAGAUUAACGUAAGCAAAAAAUAAAAUAAUUUCCGCCCAUUAAAGUGUGCUUGUGGAUCCCUUAUAUUAUUUAAAUCUUGUAGAGCUUUUGUAGUGCAUAGUUUUCUUGGCAAUUUUAAAAUGUUCUUUGAAUCAUUUUCAAUGAAAAGAUCUCAGACUGCUUUAAACUCACCUUUAUCAUAUAACCUGUGAGUGACAAACCCUUAUGGGUAACCCCUUCCCCCUCCUCCCAAAAGUCAUAUUCAGUUAUGAUUUAACUUCUACACAACAAUACAUUUUCUUGUUUAAUUCAAGGGAGACAAGUUGAACAUAGAGGACAUAUUUUCAGCACUUUCCAAUAAUGAUAAAAUUGUUGGACUUGAUACAGCAGGGGAAAGUAACUCAAGGACAGCGAGCAGUGAUGGAGCCGCAAGCCUGGGUGAUAAAAGGAAGGAUUCUGGAAAGCUUAGUAACUGUGACGAUGAUAACUUAUCAGAUGAAGAUGAUAAUGACGAAAAUGAAAAUGAAGAUGAUCUCGGGGAAACCAUGCAGGUUAGUUUAGCUUCUUUUUAUGGAUUUUUAAUUUUUUAAAAUUUCUGCAGUGCUGUCUAGACUUUUAAGACUUCUUGUUUCAGGGCUGUAGGUAAAGCUAUUUAGUCAACUUGAUUUAGACCAUCCUUUGUAAAAAGUGCAGUAAAUUAUUUGUAGGAGAGACAGGUCGUUGCCUUGGAGACCGUUUUAGAGAACACCUCUAUAACAUAAAUAAACAAGCCAUUUGUCCAGUUUCCUAAAAUUUCAAUAGCACUAACCAUGAUGGAAUUUCAGACAUAGCAGUUACUGGUAUAUUGUACGCAAAUUAUACACCGGAUAGGAUUUAUAUGGAAAAUAAAAUAAUAACAAGAUUGGGUACUUUGACUCCAAAUAGUAUAAACUAAAACCACAAUUUUACGUAGCUGCCAUGUCUUUUUCCUGUUUGGUUUUUAAAUUAUACUUAAACACACUUCCUUUCCGCUCUUCUUAACUUUGUUUUUGUCUGGAUUUGCGCCCACUCUUAUUCUUUUCUAUUUUUUAGGUAGGAUACAUGUAAACAUAUAUUAUGUAAAUUAAUUAAUACUCAUUUACAUUUUUUUUUUUUUUUUUUUUUUUUUUUCUUUUAAAGGCUUUUGCCGAAACUUUUACUUUUUUUUUUUUUUUUUUUUUUUUUUUUUUUUUUUUUUUUUUAAUUUAUUUAUUCUCUUUUUUUUUUUUUUUUUUUUUUUUUUUUUUUACUGAUGAAGGCAUUUGCCGAAACGUUUACAUUUUUAUUUUUUGAAAUCAUCAUUAAAGCUUAACAUACAUUGUUUUAUUUACACAAAUUGUGUCUAAUUAAUUUAGGACUGGAAAGCAAAUAUCGUUAAAGCCUUUAAACAGAUGGGGUAGCUUCAUAAACUAACUAUAAUUAGCAAUAGCACCACCUCACCUCUUCUUGAUUCAUCCUGCCUGUGAUUGCAGUACAGUAAUAAGAUGCUAAUAAAUUAUUGUUGUUGUCUUACAUGCACUGUGUACCAGGGGGCUGGCAUCUUAUGGCCUGCUGAAAAGUUUAAUGUGGCCCUGAAGACCUUCCGGGAAUCAGAUUAAAGUUUUCAUAAAAUGUUCAAAUUGUGAAUGAUAAUCCGUAAAAGCGUUUUAUUAAAAAUAAAUAAUCACAUUGCUGUAAUUUUUCUAACUGUGGUAGCAAUAACAGAAAAUUAAAAAAAUUAUUCUACUGCUUAUUUUCAAACUGAAAUCAGGGAGAAUUUUCAAAGCCCCUCUUUAUUUAUCAUAUUGCCCAGCAAAAUGUAACAAUUUCUGCAAGGAAAGGUUAUCCACUCUAUCUGUUAUACUAAUGUAAUAGUUUGUUUUUAUUUAUACCACAAACCAAGCUCAUCUAAUACUUUGUUGUAACUUCAUUCAUAACAAAUAGAUAAACUUCACAUAAGCUUUAAUGUGUUAACCUAUUUUUGAUUCCUCUACUCCAUAUUGCCAGUGUGAAGCCAGUACACAAGCUGAGCUGGAGUCUGAUACAGACACUGAUUCCAUGGAAGGCGGUCAGAUGGUAGAACCAAUAUCUCCUAAAGAGACCAGGAAUGUAAGUUUCAGUGUUGAAAGGUCAGCAUGCACAUAAUAAGAAAAAGAUUCAGUUUGGAUAAUGGUUUUAUGGAGAGGCAAUCUGUGAAAGUAAGAAUAUUAUAUUUCAAUUUUGAGGUUUCCAGAAGCCCAUUUUAAGCGGGUGAAUGUUGUACGCUAGUAGAAUUGUCUAAAGUCACACUGCUGGAAAUUGCCUAUUAAAUUUGAACUUUUACGUUUAAAGAAUAGUUUUAUUGGCAUUUUUGGGCUCAUAUUUUAUGUAUUUGUUUGAAGAUAUCUGUGGGAUAGUCAGGGUUUGUAUCUUACUUUAUUCCAGGCACUGCCCAAUGGCUCACCAGAUGGGUCUGUGUUAGACCAAUCUGAAAUAUCGGACUCAAACUCAGCUCCUCUCUCAGAGGCUGCCUCAGAAGCUGUGCCGUCUCUUCUCCAUGUCAUCACCACAUCCACCUCCCCAUCAUCACUGCUUACAACCACGUCAGAUCAAAACACUGUCGUCAAUCCACAGUAUGUGGUUGUGAAGGGCUACACCUGCCUCAGCAGUGACGCUGGGGGGCAGCCGACAUUGGUCAAUGUAGCCGUGGACAGGGAUUCUUUGAUGAAAAUGUUUGCCUCUUUGGGUAGCAACCUGGAAGGGGGGAUGCAGCUGCUUGCAGGAGACUUGGACUCCAUGAGCCUGCCCAUGGAAGGUUCUCAAGCUAGUGUCAUAACAAUGACACAGGAACACCUCAAUGAGUUUUCAGGGGUGACCUCCCAUGGUGAUGGAACCGCCAUGGAUCAUCAGCUGGACUCGGACGCUCCAGAAAUUCAAGACACUUCUAAAACAAGUGGGAAUGAGAUAAGUUUUGAUGGCAGAUUAAAAGACGAUGUUUUGAUAUUGAGUGACCACUCAAAAUCAUCUCCACAUCCACUCUCCGAUGAUGCCCUGAGCAUGGGAGAAUCACAACAUAACAUGGACAACAGCCUUCCAAAGCUUCUGCUGUCCACACAUUUUACCUCUCAACCAACGAAAUCAUCAGUUCCAUCUCAGCCUGACUCUGCCAAAGACAGUUCACUCGUUGAAAAAUUCCCUUCAGAACAGAACAUUGACGUGACAAGCACGUUAACCAAUUCCAUCGUCCACAUUGCUUCAUCCGAAUCUUUCUCAUACAGUGUAAAUGAAGAUGCCGGCGACUCAAGCCUGGAGAUAUUUCAGAGUUCUGAGAAGGCACUGGCCACCCAAGAAUCCCCUACUCCCUCCCUGUUGAGCAUCAACACAAAAAGGAAGCCCACCGGCCCAGGGGCUCUGCUCUCACAUUAUAUGAAAGAUAUUAAAUCUGAGAUGAGUGAUGACAAAGAUGAGGAUUCACUGCGCAUGAAUGACUUGAGUGCGGAGGAUGAUAUCAUCAAAAAGAAUAGCUCAUCUUUAGACAAACAGAAAAGGUGAGUGUUAAUGGCGUUAUUGCUUUACUUCAUUUUAAUAACAUUCAAUUGAAAUGAUAAUUUACUCAAAGUUCAAACCUACUCUUAAUGUUAAAUUUCAGAAAAUUAAUUUAUUACUGUAAACGUCGCUGUCUCCAAUGAGAUCAGAAAUAUAUGUGCACAUUGUGUUUGGAUGAAACUAUAUAAGAAUUUACAACUGAGAAUGGCUUGUUGAUUGGUGCACUAAGUAAAAUAAUCCAAAAUAAAGGGUGUGAUACUUCAAAAUUUCUGGAAAAAAACAAAACAAGAAAGACCAAUCUCCAGGGAAGUUUGCAGGUUUUCUCCUAACUGUUACAAGCCAAUCCGUAGUUGGGGAGCUCAUAACCUAUACUGGCUUGUCAGGAUGAAAUAUUAAUGUUUCUUUAUUCAUUAAUGAAGUCAUCAACAACAAACCACAAGUCUUAAAGGUGUUACUGAGUUACAAAAUGAAGCAAAUGUCCUGGAACCAUGUAAUGCUGCUAAAUAAAUACAAAUCAGUUUGCACAGAAUCACAUUCAUUUUUUGUAUGGAUUCUUGCACUGCUCAUCUGGGUGGAUUUUCAGUGUUCAUUAGCACCCUGUCAUCAUCAUUUACAACUAUUGAGAUUUGAACUGUUGAUUUAACUUUGUAGUCUUUAGCAAGGAUGUUAACAUUGAUGUUUUCUUUGGCAAACUCUUCGUCCUUCGCAUGCGAGGAUAUCCAAGACUAUAUGCAAUGUUUACGCAGGUGGCUUGCCAUUCAGCCCUAUUUGUGCCAGGAAAGCUAUCCCACACACAAGGCACAUGUGGUUUUUGGUCCUAGAUGGAUUUGAGCUGAUUCUGCUUUUCCUUUACUGUGUGUUUGCUUUGGGUGUGUGCGGUGCGUUUAUUCUCUGAGAAUUGUGCUCCAUAGCAAGUGUUUCUCACAAAUUAAGGUCUUUAUUCUUUGAGGAUUGUGCUCCAUUAGCAAGUGUUUCUUACAAAUAAAGGUCUUUAUUCUUUGAGGAUUGUGCUCCAUAGCAAGUGUUUCUCACAAAUCAAGGUCGAUGUCAAUGGAUUUGAGUGAAGCUUUUAGAAUUCCAUUAAGCAUUUUUUCAGCCCACCAGCUGAGCGUUUCCCUCUGGAGAGCUUAACAAACAUUAGUUGUUUAGGCAGUCUGCAUUCUCGCAGCAGGCCCUACCCAGCUGGCUUGUCUUUUUUUAGGGGCGUGUGGAUGCUGAUAAAGUCAGCCCGUUGUAGGACUUGAAAAUUUAAAAAUUUGAUUAUUAUUUAAAAUCCUUAGAAAUGUAGGCAAGUUUAAAGCUUUGAAGAAACAAAAUGUACAUUGAUUCCAUCCUCCAGCAUGGCGACCAACAACAUUUAUAAACAAACUUGUCAUGUUUGGUCAAAUUCUUGAAGUGUUUCAGUUUACAAUUUCUAUUCUAUUAAUUCUAUAGUAGUGUAUAUUUCAGCAGAACUAGAAAUAGCCAAUGGAAGGAAUUAUACGCACUGAAUGGAAUACUCAAUCCAUAUUAUAAUGUAUAAUAAUUCCUUCUGUUCACUGCUAUUAUUCUGCUGAAAUAUGAGCACAAACUAAAAAUGAUAACAGUUGUGUUGUGAAUGUAAAAGACCAGUCAAUGAAUUAACCAUUCUGAAUAUCUCCAGGUACAACAGAAAACGUCCCACUGCAGCAGACCCAUCAUUGGUAAUGACAGGCAAACGUGUAAGAAAGGCACUUGUGAAAGUCAGCAUGUAGAUGACCAACUGACUGACAGGCAAACGUGUGAGAAAGGCACUUGUCAAAGUCAGUAUGUGGAUGACGAACUGGUCAAUAAUUCUAGAUGUUUCUGGUCCAGAAUUUGAGAAAUGAGAUAACACUUGAUAGACUCCGUGCAGGUUUAUGUUUGUAAAAAAAACACAAGCAAUUUCUCAUCUUAUUUCUUGAACACAGACCUUGGAAAGAUCACUAUACCGGCCGGUACUAUUGUAAAGUAAAAAAGCUGAGCCACUGUGAAAUUGUUACACUUGUUUCAUUGUAAGUAGAAGAUAUCUUGUUAUUGCAGUUGUCUUAUGGGGACAUCUUAUUUGCUUUUUUUCUUCAGAAUUUCUGUUAUUUAUAGGCAUUUACAUCAUAAAACCACAGUCCUUAAAUGGGGAGCAAUGCUAAAACUACUGACUUCCAAGGCUUUCAACUAACUGAUGGUAAAAUAGGAUGGUCAGAAAUGUGUGCACUAAUUUGGACCAAACUUAAUUCAAGGCAUUAAAAAUAAUUUUAAAAAAUAAAACCAACUCUUUGUUAAUUGUAGCACUUGAACAAACAUGUCUUUCAUGGCUUUGUCAUUUGUGGCAUAGAAAUGUCUAGAAAUUUCAGUAAAGCUUUUGGGUGUCAAGUAUGUGGGACACGGGCAACUUCCCUCCCUUUCUUUUGAGCUCUUUUUCAUUGAAGGAAGCUACAGAGUAACAGAGGAGAAUACAUUGUUUUUCUUUUUCAAAGACACUUGAUAUUAAAAACGAUUGUCUCCCCUUCACUCUCUUUCUC